AUGGUGGCUAUAACGAAUGCACACAACGAAUUGAUCCAUGAUGCUGUCCUAGAUUACUACGGUAAGCGUCUAGCGACUUGUUCCUCAGAUAAAACAAUCAAAAUUUUCGAAGUAGAAGGUGAAAAUUAUAAACUCAUUGAUACUUUAAUUGGUCAUGAGGGACCAGUUUGGAGAGUUGAUUGGGCUCAUCCAAAAUUCGGUACUAUCUUAGCUUCAUGUUCAUACGAUGGGAAAGUACUCAUCUGGAAAGAGGAAAAUGGUAGAUGGUCACAAAUUGCAUCUCAUGCGGUCCAUUCAGCUUCUGUCAAUUCUAUUCAAUGGGCUCCUCAUGAAUAUGGUGCUGUUCUUUUGGCGGCAGCUUCUGAUGGGAAAGUCUCCGUAGUGGAAUUCAAAGAAAAUGGCACUUUAUCACCAAUUAUUAUCGAUGCACAUGCUAUUGGUGUAAAUUCCGCAUCUUGGGCUCCAGCUACCAUUAUUCAAGGAAAUAAUGGAGGAGAUGGUAAAAAUGUAGAUGAAUUACGAAGAUUUGUCACUGGUGGUGCUGAUAAUUUAGUUAAAGUUUGGAAAUAUAAUAAAGAAAAUAGUACAUACAUAUUGGAUGACACUUUAGAAGGUCAUUCUGAUUGGGUUAGAGAUGUUGCAUGGUCUCCAAGUGUUUUAUUACGUUCUUAUUUAGCAAGUGUUUCUCAAGAUAGAAGUUGUAUUAUUUGGACUCAAGAAGAUAAUGAAGGUCCAUGGAAGAAAACUGAAUUACAACAAGAAAAAUUCCCAGACGUCUUAUGGAGAGCAAGUUGGUCUUUAUCUGGUAAUAUUUUAGCUCUUUCUGGUGGUGAUAAUAAAGUUACUCUAUGGAAGGAAAAUCUUGAAGGUAACUGGGAAUCAGCUGGAGAAGUUGAACAAUGA